AUGCGAUCACGCUUUCUGCUGGUAUUUCCAUUUCUUCUGCUCUGCUGCUGUUCUCUCACAUCCGCCGUGUUUUUAAACCAUGGUGGCACAUAUUUGGGCUCGCUGAAGCAUAUUUUCAAGAAGUACUCCCAUCUGCUGAAACCAGACCACAAGCUGUCUCCCGUUGUCUUUGUACCGGGCGAUGGCGGAAGUCAGAUGGAUGCAAUGAUCAACAAACCGGACAAGGUAUCGAUCCUCUGUCAGAAGCACACUACGACGUUCUUCAACAUUUGGCUCAACAAAGAGCUUUUGCUCCCGUUGGUGAUCGACUGCUGGAUCGAUAACAUCCGCUUGGUAUACGACAACAAUACGCGCACUUCAAGGAACGCACCGGGAGUCGUUACACGCGUGCCAGGCUUCGGACAGUCGGAAACGGUUGAAUGGAUUGAUCCGUCGCAUGCCUCGGUUGGUGCGUACUUCGUUAACAUCGCAAACGCACUCGUCGCGAAUGGAUACAUGCGGGAUAAAUCGAUCGUUGGGGCACCAUACGAUUUUCGAAAGGGUCCACAUGAACACAAGGAUUUCUUCCUUGCGCUAAAGUACCUAGUCGAACAAACAUACGCCCUGAACCAAGAAACGCCGGUAACGUUUAUCGUUCACAGCAUGGGUGCUCCGAUGACACUGCACUUUCUGCAGCUUCAAUCCGCCGACUGGAAGGCUAAAUACGUCCGGCGGGUAAUUUCGCUAGCCGGUGCUUGGGCGGGCAGUGUGAAAGCCCUCAAGGUUUACGCCAUCGGAGAUGAUUUGGGUGCGUUCGCGUUGAGCGGUAAGGUGAUGCGCGCAGAACAAAUCACCAAUCCCUCGCUGGCGUGGCUUCUACCGUCGCCACUGUUCUGGAAACCCAACGAGGUGCUCGCUCGGACGCAAUCUCGCACGUACACAAUGGAACAGAUGCCUGAUUUCUUCGACGAUCUCGACUUUAGCGAGGGCUGGGAAAUGCGCAAGGAUUCGUUGCCAUAUACGAUGAACUUCACUGCGCCCGGCGUCGAGCUGCACUGUCUGUACGGUAGCAACAUCAAUACUGUCGAAUCGUUGGACUACCAGAAAUCGUACGAUUUCAGUGGCACACCGGUGCUGAAAAUGGGCAAUGGCGAUGGCACGGUGAACGCGAGGUCACUUGAAGCCUGCAAGCAAUGGACUACCCAGCAGAAGCAGCCGAUCAUCGCCAAAGAGUUCCCAGGAGCCGAUCACAUGAGCAUUCUGUCGAACGUGAACGUCAUCGAAAACAUCGUCAAGCUGCUGUUAUCGGAUCUCUUAAACUAAAUGCACACCUAACAGAGCCCCAGAUGCCAUUACGUGUUGUGCCAUUCCUGUGCGUUACGGUUUUACUUUUUCGUGAGUCUCCUUUUCGCUUAGGUCGGCCAUCCUUCCACUCUACCUAUUUGUAAGAAAAGACUCUUCCAACGCAAAGACUAGAAAUAAUGUAUGUGAUUUUAGCUCGAAUAUCAUUCGUGUAUAGUUUGUGUUUUCACGGCAGCCAGCUGGUGCUGAUCGUGCGCAAACAAAACCUCACGGAAUCUCGCCCGCGUCAAUUUGCUGUACGUGUGUCCGUUCAAUUGCACCAUUUCGUUAAAGAAGUUCAAUAAAGUAGCUGUGUUAGCA